AUGGCAACGCCUUGGGGGCGAGCCAAGCAGGAGGCGGGGCGAGAGGGCGGGAAAGAGAGGCCGCCGCUCACCUGUCCGGAGGAAAAAAAAAAGGGGGCGCGUCCCCAGAUCCUGGCGCAUGCGCGGAGAGCAAAAGGCAAGGACCCUCUUCUAGGAAUUUCCCCUUCUCAGCUAGGAGUACAGCUUGGUCUCAGUAGGGCUGUCGCUGCUGCUGCUACUGGGACCCGGACUCGGGCUCAGCUCAGAGUGGACUCGUGGCCCUCACCAGAAGAAGGAGUGGCUCUGGGAUUCUCUGAUGCCCAGAUCACAGCAGCUUCCCAGAGGUCACAUGUGCACCGACGUGGGCUCAUAGAACUGGCAGGGACUGUGCACUGUGCUGGCACCCGCACCGCCAUGGCCUACAUGAACUACGGCUGCUAUUGUGGCCUGGGUGGCCAUGGCCAGCCCAGGGAUGCCAUUGACUGGUGCUGUCAUUCCCACGACUGCUGCUACAAACGUGCCGAGGAUGCUGGCUGCAGUCCCAAGAUGGACCGCUAUUCCUGGCAGUGUGUCGAUCAGCACAUCCUGUGUGGACCAGUGGAGGACAAAUGCCAAGAACUCAUGUGCAAGUGUGACCGGGAGAUUGCUUACUGUUUAGCCAAAACUGAGUACAACUUAAAGUACCUCCUUUACCCCCGUUUCUUGUGUGGGAAGGACUCACCCAAGUGCGAUAAGGAGGGAGAGCCCAGCCCAGCCUGUUUGCUCUCCGCCAAGACUGCUUUGCGAUCCUCCCCAGAGCAUGUGUGUCGUGGACUGGGCCUCCCAAGACCCCACGAGGAAGGUGGCUGGGUGGGAGGCGCGGCGGCUUUGUCGGCCAAGCGCUGGGGCGCCAGUCCCUGCUGCCACAGGCAGCGGGAGAAGACCUGGCUGUAG